CCACCUCAGCGUUGCUGCUCAGAUUUGUUCCUAUGCAAAAAACGGUUUCUGUGGUUUAAACACUAGGUGCCUUUACAACAGCUUGUAAAAUUUCCUGUUAAGAGAAUCUGACUGUACAGCGACCGCCUGUUCUUACCAGGUGGCAGGUUUUUCGGUGGUUUUUUUCUUUCUCUGUAUUUCCAUCAGACGAUAAAGCAUCGAAGGAGUCACUCGUCUUGCACCAGGUCUGCGCUUCCUUCCACCAGGACUCAUUUUUGCCGAUGCUAGAAUGUUCCAAUGGGCCUAGGAAACGCUGUUCAGACAUUGCACCUCUGUUCCGAGCCGGGCAGGCAGAGCUGUUGCGAUGCAUGCCAAGCUUUGGCAGAGGAAGUGUCCGGAGCGAAGUGAUCACAUACAUCGCGGUGCCACUGCCCAAAGCGACAAAAAACAAAAAAACAAAAAACAAAAAACCCCACAAACUUGGAAGACUCACCGAGGAGAGAAUCGGGAACUUUGUCAGCUAGAAGAGCUAAGCGAGAGAGCACUUUCCUGGAGGGGGAGCUUUAAAGAGUAUAUAAUCAUUCCAAGGCAGUAACCCCUCCAGGGCACAGGGUUUUUAACUGGAGCACAGAGAUGCUACUCAUGCAGAGCACGAGUGCCACAGAAAACUGUGGACCUGGUCAAGAUUUCCAGCAUUCUCUUUAUGCCGCCACGUACACCAUCAUCUUUAUCCCAGGGCUCCUGGCCAACAGUGUGGCCCUUUGGAUUUUAUGCCGCUUUGUCGGCAAGCAAAACAAAACUGUGCUCUUCAUGGUGAACUUGGCCGUGGCAGACUUCAUUCACGUCCUCUCCUUACCUCUACGGAUCUAUUAUUAUAUCAACUACAGGUGGCCGUUCGGGAGAUUCUUGUGCCAGUUUUGUUUCUAUCUGAAAUAUCUGAACAUGUACGCCAGCAUCUGCUUCCUCACUUGCAUCAGCGUGCAAAGGUAUUUCUUCCUGCUCCACCCCUUCAAAGCCAAGGACUGGAAGCGGAGAUACGACGUGGCGGUGUGUUUUGCAGUGUGGGUCGUGGUUGGGGCCGCUUGCUUGUCCUUUCCGCUGCUGAGAAGUUUUGAUUCCCCCGAGACAUGUUUCACCGAACUCAGCGUCAAGAAGAUCGGAAGCAAGACAAAUUCCAUCGUGGCUGUGAUGAUGGCUGAGGUCGUCGGCUUCUUCGUCCCCCUUACCGUUGUCGUGUAUUGCACGUGGAAAACAAAAGCUUCACUGCAGGAACGUCAAAUCCCCCACCAAAGCACGAUGGAAAAACAGAAAGCAUUGCGGAUGGUUGCCACGUGCGCCAUUGUGUUCUUUGUGUGCUUCACUCCCUAUCACAUCGUCUUCUUCUUCUUCAUGAUGGUCAAGGAGAACGUCAUCAAGGACUGUACCAUAGGACGCCACAUUCUGUACCUUCACCCUUUCUGCUUAAGCCUGGCGAGCUUCAAUUGUUGUCUGGAUCCAAUUCUCUAUUUUUUCAUGACGUCUGAAUUCCAGGGUCAGAUAUUAAGGCAUAGCAGCUUGGCCAUCCGGAGUCGCUUGAUGAGCAAAGACAGUUCGUCCUCUUUUAAGGAAUAAAUGAAUGGGGGUUCCAAAUUGGACAAAGAACGAUAGGCGUAGGAAGGCGUGUUUGCAUCCAGUUUCCAUUCCUGCUAGAGACUGUUGACUUUACGGAAUGGAAGCAGUGCACCAGGUUUUCAAAUAGCAGUGCCCCUCGUCCUUGCCUGAAGAUGCUGGCGAUUGAACUCAGUUCUUCUAUGGGAUAUAUAGAAGGCCACAAACCAGGAGUUUGUGGCCAUCUCUAAUGGGAUAUGCUAGAAAAUUUACCAAAUGAUAAUGCAUUCUUCCCAAGGUGGACACAGGAGGGCACUGAAAGAUUUAAGAGCCAUCUCUCAAAUGUACCUGAAGAUGCCAGCAAUUAAACUGGAUCCUACUUCAUGCCAAGCACAUGCCACGCCACUGAGCUACUGUGUCCUUGACAAUUAGGUGAUAGAUUUCUGGACAAUGUGUCUGUGAAGAAGUCUUCUGGUUGAAGAAAUGGUGCAGGCCACUGCUUUCCACAUUUGCUAACGAGAAACCCUACUGAUUUCAAUUGAACUAACGGGACUAAUUCACCCUGUGCGCACACUGGGUUAUAGCCUAGGUUGCUUGAUCAUGAGUUUUCAGUUGGUUGUCCAUGAAUUUAUUCAUUAUGCCUCUCUGCAAAUAUGUACUAGAUGAAUAAAAUAAUCAUUCAGAAGAAAAGGGGAGAAUAUAGAGUACAAUACUGCUGACUACCAUUGAAGACAAACAUCAGACCCCCUUCAGAAGUGCAGUCUCAAUGCGUCAGAGCAAAAUGUGAGAAUCAGAGCACAGGAAACU